AUGAGAGACAGACAGCCGCCAAAGAAACAACGGUCUAGCAUCGACAGAAGUUUGUUAUCUGCAGCGGAUCAGCUCGCUUUUGCGAGAGUUGCAUCUCUUUUGCAACAGCCUGUAUCGGAGCUGUACGGCGACAUUUCAGACAGCAGUAGCUCGGCGAAGAUUCCAGGCGAUUCGAAUGUUGCAAGAGAUCAGUCGCAAGAAUGGAGCGCACUCCAGUGGGACACUAUGGAUAGCUGGCUUCCAGGAAGUAGUGAAGUGGACAAUGAUACUUUCGAUCCCAACAAACCAUGGAACCCUGUACAGGGUAUCACAGAAACAGGAGUCACCCCUGGCGUCGACUUUAGUCAGUGGAGGGGUGACGAAAAUUUUGUCAGUCCAAAAGUUGACCUAGAAGCUGGAAAUACACAUUCUGGUCUUUGA